AUGAUUGUUGUUUGCGAUGUUGCAGCGUACACACUCACGGUAGACAUCGGCACGGUGGACGGCUCUGGUUCUUCAAGUGGGAAUAACGCCUUCCGACUGAUUGCAGACACGGGGUCGUCGAAUGACGCCGUGCUGGGCACUGGAUGCUGCGGCUCGGAGGCAGAGGUGACCUACUCGUGCGAUGCAUCAUCGACUUGCACGAAUGCUGGUGGCGACGUUGUCACCCUGGCGUUCGCGGGAGCCAAUAUUCAGGGGCAGCUUAUGACGGAUACGUGGUCGUCGGCUGAGAUCGGUGAUAUCUCCAAAACCUUCUUGGUCAUUGAGAAACAGGAUACCUUUUAUCGCUCGACAUACGAUGGAAUAACUGGCUUGGCAUAUGAGGCGCUGGCGGCGUCGACCGGUGAUACUGUAUCGUCGCUGUAUAAUGUGUUGGUGAACACGGCAAAAUCGACCGACGCGUUCGGUAUGCUGUUAUGUGGCACAAUGCAGCCCAUGCUACAGACAGGAGGAACGGAUUUUACGCACCAUUCCGGUCAGUUGUUAAUUGGCGGCACGGAAGGCAUCGAUGGCGAGACGUACUAUUCGGGUGAUAUGCUUUACACUCCAAUUACCAGGGAAGCGUGGUAUGUCGUGACAGUGACGGACAUUGGCUAUAACGGCGCUAGCCUUGGGUUUUCAUGCGAAAACUACAACGAACCGCAGGCGAUCGUUGACUCCGGCACAAGCAAUUUGGCGUUUCCUUCUGAUGUUUACAACGCGCUCAUGGAUCAAAUUAAGACAGCAACGCUAGAGGCCAUUCCAGACUUCGAUGCCAGUUACUUUGACGACUCGGCUUCAUGCUGCGACGAGGAUUAUUGUGACCCGACAUCGUCCAGCGCUGCCCUGUUGCAACUUCCCUCUAUUUACUUCACACUUGGGAUGGAGACCAGCGAUGGCUCAACAAGUAAACACUUCACCGUUGAAAUCCCACCCGAGUACUACUGGCGACCCGAAAUGAAUGGGGACAAUUCCAGUAUGGCGUGCCGUGCAAUCGGCAUCUCUGAAGGCACCUCAACUGUCCUGGGUGACGUCUUCAUGGACGGCUUGUACUCGUACCACGAUCGCGUAGAAGGCAAGAUUGGUCUCGCUGUAGCAAACAACUGCCCGAACAACGUCACGUCCAGCAAGAAAGUGUACACGUCUGAAGACUCGACAGACUGGUGCUCGUGCUUUUCAAGCACUCUGAAGAAGAAGAGCUCGUGGACAACAUUCCUGCCGUGGGGCAGUGGGUGCUUUUUCUGGCUCUGGUGGAUGUACAUUGUGAUUGCCAGUUUUGUAGUGGUGAUCGCCUGCGUGGUUGGAUCAAUGGAAAGUUGGAAGCACAAGGCGAAGCCGUAUACGCCUGGCAACCACAAUUCAAACUACAAAGCGAGCUACAACGAUCGAUGGGUCAAAUGA